GAUAGUGAGGGUAAUUCUGAUAGUUGCAGCCGACCAUCACGAGGAAUGUUGCAUUUUGGGUAUUUUCAUGGCAGAUGAUUGCUGCGCUCUAAUUAACACAAGGAUAUAUCGGAUAAAACACUACACCGAUUUUCCGAAGUUGCUUUAGACAUUCUUGGUGACGUCAUGGAUUUAUCAGCAAAAGAGUGGGAAAAGUAUGGAAAACCGGAGCAUUCUCACGUAUAUAAACAAAUUGCUACUGUAAUGCACAAAGGAAUUAAACCGGAAGAAGUUGCAAAGUUCUACGACACGUGGGCAGAUGGCAGGGAAUACGAAAACGAGCUACCUGAAGAUGUAUAUAACGCUCCAAUAGUGACGGCAGCGGAAGCUGCUGGAGGACUAACGGAUGACCAAAAAGCCACAGCAAAAGUGUUUGAUGUCGCUGCAGGGACGGGAAUGUGCGCUGUGCAGUUAAAGCUGCACGGGUUCCAGCAUAUUGAUGCUCUAGAUCCGUCACAAGGAAUGUUAGAUAAAGCCAAAGAGAAAGAUCUGUACGAGAGGUAUAUUUGUGACUUCAUGACAGACAAACAUUUAGACAUACCAGAAAAUACAUAUGAUGUACUCACAGUAAGUGCUGGGUUUGGAGAGGGUCAUCUACCUUGUUCUUCACUGCAUGAGAUGGUCCGUGUAGUUAAACCAGGAGGUCGUAUUGUUUUGGUGACUCGGGAACAGCACUUAUACACAGUGGCGGAGUACAAAGACAGACUCGAACCUCUGAUGGACAGACUUGAGGCGGAAGGAAAAUGGAAGAAACUAGAGCGUAAAAUCUUCAAAGGAUUCUUCCUCGAUAAAGAUGGAAUCAUGUGGAAAUACCAAGUGUUAUAAAACUCUUACGGCAAUAAGGGGGAUAUGUAUAUGAAAAAAACCUGGCAUCUAGUUAACGCUUUUAGGGCUGGUUCUUGUCGGAUACUUGAAUAAAAUGAUCCGAGACACCUAGGCACUUGAUAUUGGCACAGUUAAUUGUGAUUGGAAUAAAAUAGAUGAAUGGUGAUUUUAUUAAAACUUAAUUUUUUGAUGUCGUUCAUCAUUUUAAUUGUUGGCAUACAAAAUUACGUCAUGUAUUGUAUUUGCAAUCGGACGACAGUUGUGUCAUUGUAAAAUAAUUCCAUUCUUGGUUGAGAGUUGUAUGAAUGUGUUCAGCACCUUGAAUGUUACCUGUGACACUUA